AGGUACGAAAGUUUCACAUGCGUGCAUGGUGGUAGACUUGUUUCAGUACUUUCUCAGUGGUAUUUCUUACCACAAUAGCGAACUUCGAAACUAAAACUUCUAUCUCUAAUUACGUCAAACUUCUUACUGUUGCUGUUGCUACUAACAAAAUACUGUUUACUAACAACGACGUAUUGUAAGUAAGUACUAACAACGUUCUUGUUGGUUACGAAUACUACGUGUACGUACUUGUUCUUUGUACUUGUGACCUAGUCGAGUCGUAAACUGAGCCAAUCACAACAUCAUCAAAAUGAGCGGCACUGCAUCAAGCAACGUUUUUGGGAGCGCUCCCGCCAUCCCUAUGGAGGAGAUGAAGAAAAAGAAGGACAAAAUGUUCUCCAGCAAGGGUAAGAAGGAGAAAGUGAUCCUCGACGAACUGCUGCACGAUAAGAAGGAAAAAAUCGUGAAAGCAGACAAGCUCAGCAUGGAGGAGGUCGAUGCUAAGGUACUUCUAUUUGUCGAUGCUAAGGUACUUCUAUUCGUAGCCAUUUUGGCUCAAGGGAAUUUGUCGAUGCUAAGGUACUUCUACUCGUAGCCAUUUUGGCUCAAGGGAAUGAACACAGACAUAAAAAUGUCCUGACGCAGUGCAGCAGCAGAAGAAAGAGAACACUGGGUUCUCAAAAGAUACAAAAUACCUUUUGUUUUUUGUUAGAAAGAUCGUUUCUUGAAUUCUAAGGCUCUCGCGAUUGUUGUGGUAGUGAAACUGAUUUUCUCAAAUAAUGUAGUGAUAUAAGCUUAGUGCAGACCAAAGAAGUUCCUUAGAAAUAAUGAAUGAAUCGCGGAUGAUCAGGGAAUAGCGAUUGUUGUCACGCUCUAACGAUUAUUGUUGCGUUCUUUGAGAAAAUUUUGAUUUCUUUUUUCUUUUUCACUACAGCUGAAGGGAAAGAAAGUAAAAUCGAAGGAGAAAGAACUUGGUAUCACGCGCGCGGCACGUGCAGGGGUCAUUUUUCCGGUCGCAAGAAUUCACAACAAGCUGAAACACUUGGUAUAAUGAGAUAUUUCUAUCUUACUGGUUUAUCUAUCUCAUUUCUUGAUGUUGAUUUGGUAGACGACACCGUGUAUUCUUUUUUCUAUCUUACUGGUUUAUCUAUCUCAUUUCUUGAUGUUGAUUUGUUAGACGACACUUGAACUUGAACUUGGACACCGUAUACGAUGAAGUCUAUGUCUGAUUACAUUGCUCCUAGACUAUAAUUGGGAAGUCGCAUUUUCAAAUUUCAGGUUCCCUCACACGCUCGUGUCGGUGGUACCGCCGCAGUCUUUAUGGCAGCAGUUUUAGAGUAUCUCGUAGCAGAAAUGUGCGAGAGCGCUGGUGAUCGCGCAAAGCGAGGAAAGGCGGAAAAUGGACCCAAGAGGAGUCGUACUUUUUAUACAUUCAACAUCAAGUAGAAACUGACCUCACAUCAACCAAUCAACUCAUUCUCUUGCUUCUAUCUAUACACCGACAGGCUACAUUUCUUGAAAACCAAUGCUGUUCCUAAUCCUCCCUCUCAUCCCUUUGCUCCUCCUGGUUGUAGGUAUCACUCCUCCUUGUUCUCCCUCUCACUAUCUCCUUCUGCUCCUUCUCCUCCUUUUCUUCUAGGUAUCUCCCCCUCUCCCUCUUCUCCUCCUUUUCUUCUAGGUAUCUCCCCAUCUCCCUCUCCUCCUCCUUUGCUUCUAGGUAUCUCCCCCUCUCACCCUUCUUUUCCUCUGCUUCUAGGUAUGUCCCCAUGUCACCCUCUGAUGUUUUCAAUGACGCAACAGAUCUUGAUGGACCGAAAUUCUCCUCCACGACGCCUCUAGGUAUCACACCGCGGAUUAUUCAGCUGACCAUUCGGGAGGAUCCCGAGUUCAAUAGUCUGUUGCAGCGCGUCACUGUGGCAGGUGGAGGCGUCCUGCCAUUAAGCGAUGAAUCCAUUAAAAAGAUGGUGCACGCACGAACCGCUCAAGCUAUGGAGGUACUCUAUCCUUUACCUACAUUCCUUCCUUUUUCUUUUCCUAGUUAGUUUGGCUCCACCCAUCUUAUUGUUUUCGUCAUCAGAGAGUACUGGCACUACUUCAAUCAAAGAUAAACAUCUCGCUACUCACAAGCAUAAUCACACAAUUUCUUUCCGGUUUCUAUCUUCUCCUUCCCUGUGAACUUAGUUAUAAUUACCUCUUGCCACCAGGCACAUCAGUCAAUCAAGCAGUCAAUUUAUCAAUCCCACAGACCAAGCAGAACAUUGCCGCUGCGCAAGAAGGUAUCACGCCUGGUGCCGAAAUGACGCCUGGUGAAGAGCCUAUCUAUGCUGGCGACGUCACGCCAGGGGGAGAUCUGACCCCUGCAGAGGAGGCGUAAGGACAUGCAUUAUGCUGAAGAAGAUCAGAUGCAUAUAUUUUGAAGAAGUUACUUACUACUUAUUAAUUUGUAUAUCAUGAUGAAUUGACACGAGAAAAAGAAUUGCGUAGUUGAGUUGCUACGACAUGAAGCAUAUGAAACAAAUAGAAAGAAGGCAAUACUACUAUAUAUAACUUGUCCCGACGACAUGAGACAUCAAGUAGAAAAUAACGAAUGAGAUAGAAGGUGACUAUACAAGAAGCAGGAAAAUGAAUAAUGAUGAUGCUUGUUGAAAAUCGAACUUAAUUUUACCGCUAUACUUUCUGAUACCGAAAAAAUUUUACAAGGCGCAAGCAAAGCGUUCAUCUAUUACUAAAAACACUUUUAUCACAACUCACACUUAUAAUUUUUUUAUCCCACCACGAGUCAAAAGAAGAGGUUGAUGUAGAAGAAAUUAAGGAGAUGGAAGUACAACCAUUAUUUACACACUACUGUUUACUACACACUAAUGUUUACAGACUGUAAAUGUGUAGAAAGAACUAGCUAAACUACAUACAGCUAUUCUUGUAUUAAGUGCGUAGAAGGUAGUACUAGAACGAGACGAACUAUAGUUCGAGUCAAGAAAGUUAUCGAUCGUAUAUCAACAACAACAAGGUGGUUGUAGGAGGUUGAAAUAUAACGACUGAUACUACUUUUAGACUAUAAUUGGUGAUUCUCAUUCCUGGAUAUUUGCCGAACAUGCCGACACCAAAUGAGAUUUCUCGAAGUAGGUUUGCCAGGCGUAACUGCGUGGCCUGUCUGAUUCUUACACUUGUGCACUGCCUGGAUGCACGCGUUUGGAGUUUAGUACACGUUGCGCGCACUUGCAGGGAAGACAAACGGUGGGCCACAUUUUCGAUGCUAAAUUUGCUGAACUUGAUCUACAUCUGACGACACUGUGACCAGCAUUGUCCCUGUGUGUGAAAAUAGUACUUAUCAACAGCUAGUACGUGCUUGCAAUGGCACCACCUUGUUUAGAGGUUUUUUCGCUUUGACUAGCAGUUGUUCAAAGCUACAGGUAC